AUUUUUCCGACCUCACUUGAACUGCGCACAAACUCCUGAUCCGCCUCGCAAGCUUCUGGGACUUCACCCUGAAGUGACGGGGACGUGGGAUGCACGGGAUGGGAUGAGAGAUAAGGAAAACAUGGCGAAUAAAAGUUCUGAAGAGGCGGUUCUUCAUCUGACCUCGGCUCAGGCUCACCGCGCUGAGAUCCUGGAAAAUCCACUUCGGGUUAGAAUCAUAGACCUUCCCAGCUAAUCUAAAUAUCGUCAAAGAUGUGGAUCGUCCAUGGACCUGACUGCUGCUUGCUCAAACAAGCCACCUACCUAUCUCUUGGGAAUCAUAAUCUCCAUAUGUGGGAACGUCCUCAUCAGCAUUUCACUCAACAUACAGAAAUAUGCCCACGUCCGUCAGGCUCAGCGUGGCUCUAAGCCCUAUUACACCUCUGUGAUGUGGUGGUGCGGUGUUGUUCUCAUGGGUAUUGGGGAGCUGGGGAACUUUGCUGCCUACGGCUUUGCCCCAGCGUCGCUCAUAGCCCCGCUAGGCUGCGUGUCUGUCAUAGCCAGCGCUGUCAUAUCUGUGGUUUUCCUCAAGGAGACGGUGCGCGCCUCUGACAUUGUUGGUGGCACUCUGGCAAUAACAGGAACGUAUCUCCUGGUGACCUUUGCCCCCCACACUUCCACACAUAUCACAGCCCAUCUGGUCCAGUACUAUGCCAUCAGCUGGCACUUCCUGCUUUACCUUUUCAUAGAGGUCAUCGCCUUUUGCAUCCUGCUCUAUCUGUACAAGAGGAAGAAAGUGAAGCACAUCGUCAUUGUGAUGCUGUUGGUGGCCCUGCUCGCCUCUCUGACAGUCAUCUCAGUCAAAGCCGUGUCAGGGAUGAUCACAGAGUCAAUAAAAGGCCAGCUGCAGCUCAUCUACCCCAUCUUCUACGUCAUGCUCGUAGUCAUGGUCGUCUCCUGUGCCUUCCAGAUAAAAUUUCUCAAUCAGGCAAUGAAAAUGUUUGACGCCACAGAGGUGGUUCCUAUCAACUUUGUGUUUUUCACUGCAAGUGCUAUUAUUGCAGGGAUAGUAUUCUACCAGGAAUUUGAAGGCUUGGCUUUACUGAACAUUUUCAUGUUUCUUUUAGGCUGUCUUCUGUCUUUCCUCGGAAUUUUCCUGAUUGCUCGAAACCGACCAAAAAUAAAGCAACAAGAUCGCAAUUUUAUCGCAAUGGACAGGAUUCCUGGGAGAAGGCACACAGACAAAGUGCAGCCUGAGGCAAAGACUACGACAUACGGGUCACUGGCAGCCAAACUCAUGUGUAACAGAGCUGGCCAAACAGACGAUUCGUAGGACCUGCUCCAUCUGUUGGGACUGUAAUCUUGGUGGAUUUGUGUGUGUGUGCUUCUUCCAUACUUCAGUAAUUUCUCUAUUUAUAGAAAUAAACAGUAGGCAUGAAUUCAAACCAGUGCCAGCUGAACGGCAGUAUUGGUGGCCAUAUUGGUCUUUCUUUGUCAGAAAUGGAAAGUAUCCAUUUGAAUAUCUAGUGUUGCUCUUGAGUUAACAGCAUUUCCAGCAGGGUUGCCAGGAAUAACUGUUUGACUCUGAAUGAGAUGAAACACCUCAGGAUCACAGUGUAACAUCAAACAUCUGACUAGCAACAAAGUUAAAUUGAAAACAGGGUCCAGGAAGCCACUGUGCCAAUAUAACAUGUAUUAUUUGAUCAUUUGAAUAAAUUGGUGUAUGUGUGAUCAGUUGUCAAUUAAACACGGGCAAAAUCUGAUUGUUAGAGCUGUGUGAAGAUUUCGUGUCAUACAGCAAAAUAAGUGCACUACUGCCCUCUAAUGGUGGGGGAAGCUCGGAGACGAAGCUCAGAACUUUGUGUCAUUAAGAUGGAGUGAAGAGAUUUCAUUUCAUUUGAAAAGACUUUGAGUUCAGUAGUAGUUAUACAACCCUUCCCUCAUGACUCACAUUAUAAGACAGAUUUUAAUUUGUGUUUGAAAUUACUUGAGUGUGCAUCACUCUGAAAUAUGUUUCCAUGGAGUUCUAAUACAAAAAAAAAAAAAA